AUGGCAAAGACAAUCGUUGCUUCAGCAGUUUGUGACUUUGACACUUUUACGAACCUCACUUUGGGUAAUAUUGAGAUACUGUCGUUUGAUGUCGCAGUUGCGCUGAACGUCUCGGCGGUUGGCGGUGUUGGACCAUCGCUUGGCACUGACAUCUGCCAGAUCGCGAUCAAGUACACUCAUCCUGGGCAGUAUGAUGUAGUCAACACUUGGAUUGGUCUUCCACAUGAUCCAACGAAUUGGAACUCCCGCUUCCAAAUGGUCGGUGGUGGUGGUUGGACCUCAGGUAGUCAGAGUACCAUUGUUGCGCCUGUCGCAGCUGGGUAUUCGUCCUCAUCCACGGAUGGGGGACACAACGCCACUCAGCGCACCGCUGAUUGGGGCCUUGUUAGCCCCGGAAACACCAAUUGGCCUGCGCUUUCGGACUUUGCAAGUGUGGCUCUGGAUGAAGCUGCUUCGUUGGGAAAACUUGCAACCUUUAUCUAUUAUGGGCAGAAGCCAACAUAUUCUUACUGGAAUGGCUGCUCCACAGGCGGGAGACAAGGCCAUAUGAUGGCACAACGCUACCCUUCCCAAUUCGAUGGUAUUGUGGCAGGCUCCCCUGCAAUCAACUGGCAAAGAUUCCAGCUGCAACAAUUUUGGUCGGAUUUCAAGGCGCACGAAUUAGGCAUCGCACCACCGUCAUGCGUCCUUCAAGCAAUUAGCAGAGCUGCUACAGCGGCAUGUGAUAAAUUGGACGGAGUGGAGGAUUCAGUGAUAUCCUAUCCCGGGCAGUGCACAUUUGAUGCCAAGACACUUGUCGGCCAGGCUAUCAACUGUACAAGGCCUCAGGGACUCAUCGUCAUGACCGAGGAGAUGGCCAUUUUGGCAAAUGCAAUCUGGCAAGGCCCGGUUUCCGCUGAUGGUGGGUUCCAAUGGUAUGGAAUUAACCGUGAUGCAAGUUUGACUGGCCUUCUUUCGACGACAUGCACGACUGUUGACAAUUGUACUGUGAAUCCCUUUCAAAUUGGAAUCGAUUGGCUCCAAAUCUUUCUUGCCCGCAAUGCCUCUUUUGAUACCGACACCCUUACUCAUCAGCAAUGGGAUCGUUUCUAUCGCCAGUCUGUCGACGAGUAUACUUCUGUCAUUGGUACCGACAACCCCGAUUUGACAGAUUUAAAGAGCGCCGGUACGAAACUACUUGCUUGGCAUGGCACUCAAGAUCCACUGAUUCCUUCCAACGGCACUAUCAACUACUACGAGCGUGCCGCUGCUUUCAAUGGGCAGGAUUUCAGCGACCAUGUCCGGUUCUUCUUGGCUCCGGGAGUCGGGCACUGUGGAGGCGGGCCGGGCCUUGAUCCUAGCGGCACGGUCUUUGAUGUCUUACGCAGCUGGGUGGAGAAUGGUACAAUCCCAGAAACGCUGCCUGCAACUGGGCCUGCGGUUGGUUCCUCGGAUAGCGGAGAGGUUCGGUCUAUUGACUUAUGCCUGUACCCCAAGGUACUUACCUAUAAUGGCCCAGAUCCUAAUGACCAGGCAUCCUUUAGUUGUGGUUAG